AUGGAUCUCGACGCCGUUGCCGUUGGACAAGACGUCCAGGUCGUAGACCCGGAAGUGCGCGCGCAUGUGUAUAGUCUCGUUACUGCGCUCGGAGGCUUCAAUGGCGAGGAUGUGUCGAAAUACUCCAUCGGAGACGACGCCUUGGCGUGUUUACGGGACAUUAAGAAAUGGCUGAGACUAUACGAUGAGAAGACGAAUCGGUUGGAUGUUGCACGGUGUCUUGGAGAGGCAAAUCUCGUGAAUGGCGAUUUACUGCCAAUUCUCUCCUUGUGGUUUGGUAAUGGAGGUCACACUAAGAAACAUAUGACGCGGAUUGCAUUGGCAUGCUUGGAAUUGUUGGUCCCGUUGACCUGGCCAGUGGAGAUUCAUAGUCAAAUGACCGUCAACCACCAUCGACAUACACCAUAUCUGCAACAAGUUCAAGUACAAUAUAAACGAGGAUUGCUCGACCAACAUGCUGGAAUGAACGUUUUGCGCUCUAUUAUUGGAAUUGGACUGCCUAGCCUAUCACUCCCAAAAUCUGAGCGAACCAACAGAGACGAGGGGAUCUUGAAAUUAGUGUUGUAUCUAUUUCGGAAUGUUGCCAUGAUUUCAGCACCCAAGGGCCUGGUUACCGACACGGACGAGGAAGAAAUAUCAAGGUCGGCAACUAUAAACGCCUUUCAGCAGCAACAGGUUUUUGCGCUUUUGCUCACUAUGUGCUCCAAUAUCAAUGAUGAAUUCAGCUUCCAGGAUGUCGUUCUGUUGGAAAUUCUGUUUCACCUCGUCAAAGGUGUUAAUGUACAGAAACUGUUCAUGAACGAUACAGAACGCAAUGCAAAGCGCAAUGAUGAACUUGGCGAUUUGUUGCAAAAGGAGUCCGGUGUCUCAAGAGAAUAUGCCAAAACUGCGCCGACACGUCACGGUCGCUUCGGAACCAUGAUUUGGGUGAAACGAGAUGAUGCAAAAGUUUCCACUGUCUCGGGACAAGACAUUCUCAAGGAUGGGCAGACUGCUUUCAAUAAAAUGGAUCAGUCAAAGAAAUGGAAUCGUCCUAAGCAUGGACGUCGACAACAAGAGGCUGAAGCUGCUAGCGGUGACUUCAGCUCAACCACACAUCUUACACCCGCUGCAUAUAUAAACCUCCGCACGUUUGUUGAAGAAUUCUUGGACACAGGGUUCAACCCGCUUCUCACACAUGUUCGAAAGGCCAUUGAGCGCGAAGCUAAUAGAGUCGUCGAUAUCAACACACGACAGUGGCUCUACCUGGUGGCUUGGUUUCUCCAAGCUGAACGCGAACGCCGCAGGUACCAGCAAAAGCAACAUGAAAAGACUAAAGGGACAUCAAAGGAGAUUGAACCAGACAGUUUCUCUCUGGUGGCCGGCGUACUUAAUCAAGAAACAUUCGUCUUCCUCAACCGCGCCAUGCAAUAUAGUUAUGAUAAUAAGGAAUGGCAAGACCUUAACGCAAAUAUGCGUUGCUUUACACAGAUUCUCUUGACUGUCCAAGAAAUGGCCGCUUCGCCUCUUGAGGAGGAUCAGGAGAUCGCAGAGAAUAUUCAAAAUCGUAUUUUCUAUGAAGAAACCACACAUGACCGAAUUCUCUCUAUUGUCAGAGGAUAUAACGAUCAGGGGUUUGCUUACCUUGAUGCAUGCACCGAACUUGCUCACGUUUUCCUCAGGAUGCUUGAAAACUACUCCAAAGAAAACGUAGACAUGCAAGUGCGGUCAAAACGACGGUCAAAACGAGCAAAGAAAACAAACAGUGAAGGUCAAGAUGAAGAGAACGUAGAAGAAAAUGACUCGGAAGCCGAAGAGCUUGCUGAUGCUGCUCGAGCGGUCAGGGAGCGUAAAUUUGAUUUCAAGCGGUUUUCAGCUAGGUUCUGCAGUCAGAAAAGUGUCGACACUUACGUUCUUUUCACCGCUUACUACCGGGAGCUUGACGAUGAGCAACUGAAGCGUGCUCAUCGAUUUUUCUACAGAGUGGCUUUCAAGCAAGAACUAAGUACUCUGCUCUUUCGUGUCGACAUCUUGAACCUUUUCUACCGCAUGAUCAAAGGGCCGGGAUCGCUUGAUUCCACCAAGCCAAUAUACAAAGAUUGGCAAGAACUUGUGAAGCAAUUAACUAGAAAAAUGAUAAAGAAGCUUGAUGAACGCCCCGCCUUGUUCACAGAAAUGCUCUUUAGCAAAGUCAACUCCACCCUGUUCUUCCUGGAAUACGGCUACGAGAAGCAAACAUUGUUUACCGGCGGUACAAGGCCGCCUGCCGAGCUUGAAGUCCACCCACGUGCAGGCACGUCUACGGACACGAAGCUGAAUGUAGUUGUGGCGGCUUUGAUCAUGGAUGGCCGAGCCGAUCUAGCUAAGUGGCUUAGCGACUGCCUAGGUUCAGCAGCGAACGAACGCAGUUCCUGGGAGGCUGAACAAACCAUACGUCAAGAGGAAUCACCUGAAGCUGUUGUACCUCCCAGUCCUAUCAUAGAAAUCCAGUCUAAGGAUGAUUCGAUCCGGACAGCUAUGUUCAGAAACGGGCGGAUACGUCUGCUCAUGAAAUUAGUCGGACUAGAGCGUCUAGGAACAGAGGAUGUCAUGGGAGCCUCCUGGUUUGUACCAUCUUCGCUAGACUCAGCUGCUCUUAGUGAAGUCAAGUCUGUUAUUGACAAGGGACUUGAGAAUCCUGUCACUGAGGUUGACGGACUCGAUCCACGCGAACAACUACGGCGCAAGCCUAUGGCUGAGCCUAGAGAAACUUUUCAAACCACGCUCGAUGUUGAUUUUGGCUCUGAAUCUGAGGGAGAAGAUGGAAUUCCUGAUGGACCACUUUUCCCUCCGAAUAUACGGUCCAAGUCUUCAAAUGCGCUCGAGGAACUCAAAGAGAAGCGUCGCAAACGCCGUCAAUCCAAUAAAGAGAAAGAGCCACUAGACGAUUCCACUAUUGAAGAACGCCGGCGCAAUCGCGAAGAGAAUGCAAGAGCAAGGCAAGCUAAAAUCAAAAGUGACUUGUUCGUUCACGACAGUGACGACGAAUCGGAUGAGGAGGCGGACAAAGAGUUCUUUGCGCGCGAAGAGGUUGGCAGGAAAGCCCAGGAUCAACGCAUUCGGGAAGCUCUUGUGUCUAAAGCGCUAGAAGAGGAUGAUGCUUCUUCUUCCACUGAGCAACCACGGAGCAAGAAGACCAAUCGUCGUAAAAGGCGCAGCAUUGAUGGUGAUGAUCAUGGUGAAAAGAAUACUAGCAAUAAAGCCCUAAAGAAACCGCGAGUCAGUAUAGGUGGUUUCGAGCUGAGUGAAAACGACGACGACGACGAUGAUGAUGAUGAAGACGACGAUGUCUUGAUGACGGGACUCAGCGAUAAUCAUCAUGGAUCAUCAAAAGGCGCCUCUACCAGCCGAGAGGAUGGCGAGCACGACACUCCUCCGACCUCAGCAGAGCAUGAGGAAUGGGACCUCGAUAAAGAGUUGAAUAAUCACAAGGAUCUGGAGCAAGAUGCUGCUAUUGGGACAACAGCGCAUGCUAACGAUUCCGAGGAAGAUGCUCCAGUUGCAAGCAACCGCCGACGAGGGCGGGCUGGCUUUGUGUUUGAUAGCGACUCGGAAUAG